GAUGAGCAUCAGGUGAUAUGGAACUGUUGGAUUACUAUAUUGUAUACUUGAAAGGAGUUUAACACUGUAUGCUAACUACUGGAAUUAAAAUAAAAACUUAAAAAAUAAUUAGCAAUCUGGUUCUAAACUUCCUCCAGUAGAGAAAAAUGUAUAAGAAUUUGCAAAGACAGUUUGGAAAAGAAUGAUGGAUACCAAUACAUUACAUUAAAAUUGAAGUCAUUAAAAUCAUUGAGGAUUGGUUAAGGAAUAAUCCAUGGGGUAGAAUAAGGGCUACUUUAGUAGAUGAUGAAGUUUUUAAUCAAAAAAGUAAUCAUGACCUAUUCAGUAAACAGUGGUGCUGUUGUCUAUCCAUUUGGAAACAAAAUUAGGCCCUUAUCCCAAGCACAAAAAUAAUUUCCAGACAGAAUGAAGAACUAAAUAUACAAAGUAAGGAGAAUUUGCUCAUAUACCUCGGGUUAGAGCAUGCCUAACCCAAAUGCUAGAAAAUGCAAUUGGUUAGUAAGCAGAUGAUGGAACACUUACUUUUGUAAGUAUAUGGAAAAUGCAAAUUAGAACAGUUACCCUCUCCCCUGUUUUGCUCAAUCAGAUGGGGAAAAUUUUGCUCAGCCAAAUGUUGGCAAAGGGGAAAUAUACUUCCAUUGAAGAAGUUGUAAUGGUCUUUUUGGCAGUGUCCAUUGUAAUGUUAAGUAUGUGUAUCCUUAGAAAGAGUAAUUUUGCUUCCAGAUUUGUACCCUAGCUAAACACCUAAGUACAUGAGCACAAAGAAGCAUUUACUGGAUGUGGCAUUGUUAUUAUUGGAGAACAUGUCCCAAACCAAAGAUCCAUCAUGGAAGUGCUUUUGUUUAUAAAUCAUCCAAUGGAUUUUGAAAAAGACACCAAUUAAGUUUAAUGAAGAAGUCAACGAAAGGUUCUGUUGUUCUUGACCACGUAUUCCGACACAUAAACCUUGUGGAGAUAGAUUAUUUUGGGCUGCGUUACUGUGACAGAAGCCAUCAGACAUAUUGGCUGGAUCCUGCAAAAACCCUUGCUGAACACAAAGAACUAAUCAACACUGGACCUCCAUAUACUUUGUAUUUUGGUAUUAAAUUCUAUGCUGAAGAUCCAUGUAAGCUUAAAGAAGAAAUAACCAGAUAUCAGUUUUUCUUGCAGGUGAAGCAAGAUGUCCUUCAGGGCCGGCUGCCCUGCCCUGUCAACAUCGCUGCUCAGCUGGGAGCAUAUGCCAUCCAGUCUGAGCUUGGAGAUUACGACCCAUAUAAGCAUACUGCAGGUUAUGUGUCAGAGUACCGGUUUGUUCCUGAUCAGAAGGAAGAACUUGAAGAAGCCAUAGAAAGGAUUCAUAAAACUUUAAUGGGUCAGGCUCCUUCUGAAGCAGAGCUGAAUUACUUGAGGACUGCUAAAUCUCUGGAGAUGUAUGGCGUUGACCUCCAUCCCGUCUAUGGAGAAAACAAAUCUGAGUAUUUCUUAGGAUUAACUCCAGUUGGUGUUGUUGUCUACAAGAAUAAAAAGCAAGUGGGGAAGUAUUUCUGGCCACGGAUUACAAAGGUUCACUUCAAGGAGACACAGUUUGAGCUCAGAGUACUGGGAAAAGAUUGCAAUGAAACUUCAUUCUUUUUUGAAGCUCGAAGUAAAACGGCUUGCAAGCAUCUUUGGAAGUGUAGUGUAGAACAUCAUACAUUUUUCAGAAUGCCAGAAAAUGAAUCAAAUUCAUUGUCAAGAAAACUCAGCAAGUUUGGAUCCAUGAGUUAUAAGCACCGGUAUAGUGGCAGGACAGCAUUGCAAAUGAGUCGAGACCUUUCUAUUCAACUUCCUCGGCCAGAUCAGAAUGUGGCACGAAGUCGAAGCAAGACUUACCCAAAGAGAAUAGCACAAACACAGCCAGCUGGAUCAAACAGCGUCAGUCGAGUAACAGGAAACAUGGAAAAUGGAGAAAAUGAAGGAACAACUCAAAUCACUGCACCUUCACCAAUAAAAAGCUUUAAGAAAGCAAAGAAUGAGAACAGCCCUGAUAUCCAAAGAAACAAAUCUCAUGCACCAUGGGAAGAAAAUGGCCCCCAGAGUGGACUCUACAACUCUCCUAGUGACCGCAUGAAAUCCCCGAAGUUCCCCUCCUCGCGUCGCCGAAACCCCUCCUGUGGGAGCGAUGACUCUGUACAGCCGACAAGGAGGAGGAAAGCCCAUAACAGUGGUGAAGACUCAGAUCUAAAGCAAAGGAGGAGGUCACGCUCACGCUGUAACACGAGCAGUGGUAGUGAAUCAGAAAAUUCUAAUAGAGAACACCGGAAAAAGAGAAACAGAAUACGUCAGGAGAAUGAUAUGGUUGAUUCAGCGCCUCAGUGGGAAGCUGUAUUAAGGAGACAAAAGGAAAAAAAUCAGGCGGACCCCAACAACAGACGAUCCAGGCAUAGAUCUCGCUCGAGGAGCCCUGAUAUCCAAGCAAAAGAAGAGUUAUGGAAGCAUAUUCAAAAGGAACUUGUGGAUCCUUCUGGUUUGUCUGAAGAACAAUUAAAAGAGAUUCCAUACACUAAAAUAGAGACUCAAGGUGACCCAAUCCGCAUCAGGCAUUCCCAUUCACCGCGAAGUUACCGCCAGUAUCGCAGGUCUCAGUGUUCAGAUGGAGAGCGAUCUGUUCUCUCGGAGGUGAAUUCAAAAACAGAUCUUGUACCUCCACUUCCUGUGACACGUUCUUCAGAUGCUCAGGGUUCUGGUGGCUCCACGGUUCAUCAGAGAAGAAAUGGAUCUAAAGAUAGCCUGAUUGAAGAAAAAUCUCAGACAUCUACAAGCAAUCUGACUGGAAAACACAUAGCAAAAACAGUGAAAACUGUCCAAGCUUCACGCCUCAAGAUGGACUUGAUCCAGUGAAGGGCCGGAGAAUAGGGGUGGGAAGGGUGUGUGUGUGUGCCACCUUUACUUUCAAACUGUGAAUUAUUCAAAUAUCUUGGACCUGCAAAAAGUGUUUCUUCAGAAAAAAAAUGGGAGUCUGUUGCAUCUUCUAAAUGUUUAACAGUGUAUUUGUGCUGAAGGGCCUUUUUAUUUGGCAACUCAAAGAAGGGUUGAGAAAACUCAUGCCUUGAUGCCCUAUUUUCCUUCCUGGAAACUCCAGUUAUCUUGUGUCCACAACCAAGAUCAGGUGGUUCUGAUCAAAGGUCUGGAAUCCUAGUGUGCAGCUGCCUAGCUAGGUACACGAAGUGGACAAAAAGGUUCUUCCCAACUCUAGGUGGAUCUCAGCCUGUGCACAGAUGUAUGAAGACUGAGAUCUCACUUUCAGACUGAAGUUUUUAUUCAUAUAAAUGUUCUUUGUAAUACUGUAUUUUGUGGCAUUAAGUCCCACUGGUUAUUUACAAAUGUAAAAAGCUUUUUAAGUGUUGCUUUGAAUUUCUAGUGUCCUUGUGUUUUCAAAAAAAAAGAAAAUGCUAUGUGUAGAUUUCAGUUGACCUCCGUUUAUAAAUUCAUGAAACCCAACCUCAAA